AUGAAAAUGGCGGGAGUAGAAUCAAUGGUUGUCGAAGAGGUUAAACCGGCAGAAAAACCAGUUGAUAGAGAAAAGACUUGCCCUCUUCUGCUUCGAGUUUUUUGUUCAACUGGCAGACACAAUUCUCCUGGUGACUAUGCAAGAGGUGGGGUUCCGCAGAAUGAGUUGCAAAUAUACACAUGGAUGGAUGCAACUCUUCGGGAACUUACUAGCCUAGUUAAAGAAGUGAAUCCUGAGACACGUCGUAAGGGUACUUAUUUUGACUUUGCCAUUGUGUAUCCAGAUAUGCGGACACCAACAUAUCGCAUGAGAGAAAUUGGUGUUACAUGUUCUGGUCAAAGAGGGAAUGAUGAUAAUAAAACUCUUUCCCAAGUCAAGUUUCAAAUUGGCAAUUAUUUGGAUAUAUCAAUCACUCCCGCUAAUAGAAUGCCUCCUCCAAUGAGACGUCCACAACCCUACAUGAAUAAUCGACCAUACUAG